AUGACAAUGUUGAAGCUUUUUGGAAUCAUCAUCUUCUGUGGGCUCCUCUGGCCCUCCCAGGGAGUCCUGUCCGGCCUGUCCUGCGCCGUCAGUCCCGCAGCAGUGCAGAAUGUUCUCUUGAAUGCCAUAGUUCGGAGUGGGCUUCUCCACCAGCAAGUGCAGAGCCUCGUGCUGCCAAACAUCAUGAGUGAAGGGGGUCUGCUGAACUCCCCCACCAUCAUCACUGGCCUGCAUCUCGUCAAGAUUCGGGUCCCUGACCUGUCAGUGACCCUGUCAGGAAUCGGGGUCCAGAUCAACAUCGCCGCCAAGCUGGAGCUCAGUGGCAACUGCUUGGUUGGCCUUCUUUCAGAACUAAUUAAUAUCUUGGUGGAUGUGAGAAUUGCUGCAAACAUUAAAUGCACAAAUUUUGAGUCGGGCACGGUGCAGGUCGUCGUUGAAGACUGCCUCUGUGUUAUUGGUGGCAUGAAGAUCAAAGUCCUCUCUGGCUUGCUGUCCCUAUCAGUAAAUGCAGCAGUGCUUAGCCAUCUGAAAGGAACUCUGCCUGGUUUGCUGUGCCCGGUGCUCGACAUCGUGCUCAACAUUGUGAACAUCCAGCUCCUGAGCACGCUCAAUGUGGUGAUCCCCGUGGGGACAGUGGGGACCAUUCACUACCAGCUGGCCAGCCUGCCCUUCACCGCCGGCUCCUUCCUGGGCUUGGACCUGGACGGUGUGGUGAAGCAGGUGGGAGGUGGCAUCAUCCCCCAUGACUCGUCCCCCUCUGCUCUGCCACCACUGCUGGACAAGCUCAUGGUGCUGGGAGUGGGUGAGAGCUUCCUGACCGCAGGCGUGUCCCUCCUGCUCCAGGUCCCGGCGCGGACCUUCGCCUGCACGCCGGCCGUCUGCUCUGCCUGCGGUGGGACCAGUCCUCUGAGCCUUAAGCUGACGUUGUCUGGGAGCCCACUCAUCCUCCUGGAAGAAAACAAAGCCACUGUCAAGCUUUCGGUCCUGAUCCACGUGUUCAUCAAGCGUGCGGACGGGUCCAUCCUCAGCAUCCUGCUCCUGAGGGCUGACCUCAGUCUGAACGCCCGCCUGUCGCUGUCUGGAGUCCGGCUGGUGCUGGGCUUGUCCCUGGGCAGAAUCUCCCUCUUCUUGGAGUCGUCUGACGUUGGCAUCACUGACGUCUCAACCUUGAAGCCACACUGCAGCAGUCUGCUGGGGGAAAUGUUCCUGCCCCUUGCCAACGCCGCUCUGCGCCCCGGGAUCCCACUGCCGAAGGUGCUGGACAUCCCCCUGGUGAAGGUGGAGAUUCGGCUACAGCUGGGCCAGGUCUUGAUUUUCGUCUCAGGCGAGGAUGGAGCAUCGAGAUCUGCGUUAUCUACUCCUCUCUCCUAG